CCUUCUCUUUCACCAUUUCUGCAGCACUCUCUGCAGAACUGUACUCUCUCUCCAGCCCUUUUCACUACCAGAGAGAGAGAGAGAGAGAGAGAGAGAGAGUGAGAGAGAGGGAGGGAGGGAGAACGACGACGUAUCAACCUCUUUCUCUCUCUUUUUGUUUGCUACACCUAUUUGACUACCCAAAAUGCCACUCCCUCGAGCUUCAUUUCCUCCCUGACAAUGUCCUUUCACAUGAUUCCUUCUCUUUUUCUUCUCCUUUUCUUUUUUCCCUUCGCUUUUCAUGUUCUUCAUUUGAUCUUUUUCAAUCGAAUCAUUUCACCUUGCGUGAGUACGUGUAGAUAAUCAAAAACAACGAGUAUAAAAUUAUAUCUCUGUUUUCGCUGCUACCAACACAAGUCAGUACUCUCUCUUCCCUUUCUUUGCUUCUCUUUUUGCAGUCUCUUCUACUGUGUGAUUUCCGUCGUUUUGCUCCCCUCCUUCUGCUGUCCUUUUCUGUGUUUUUGCGAGUCAUCUUUCACCACCUAUUUGAUCUUACUCGCUCCAUUAUUGUACCACUCUUUUUCUCUCUACUGCACUCUGCUACUCCGCUUGCAUUCUGGUUUUAGCCCUUGAAAGAAGGAACUUUGCUUCGGUUUUUUGGUUAUUGUAUAAUGGGUUUAUGGAGAUUUUUUGAGAGAUCUAAUUUUUGAGGACCUGGGUGAGUUUAUCUUAGGGUUUGCUGGGAGAUUUUUUUUUUUUCUUUUUGUUCUGUGCUGUUGCUGGUUGGCAAGAUGAAUGAUACGACGGGGAAAACGGCGUCGGGUUUGGCGAUAACGGAGAAGCGGCCUCACAGACCUGGUGGUUGUGUCGGCAUUUUCUUCCAGCUCUUUGACUGGAAUCGAAGAUUUGCUAAGAAGAAGCUCUUUUCUAGGAAAUUGCUUCCUCCUGCUCGAGCGAAGAAAGCUUCGAAGAAGUUUGGAGGAGAUGAGAAGAUGCCAAAAUCCAAGCUUCACUUGAUUGCUGAUGAGAACAGUGGGGGUUUCCCGAAUGUAAAGAAGAACAGUAGCCGGACUAGUGUAGAUAAGGAGCAAAAGCAUGAAAUGCGAGCUCCUGGUUUAGUUGCUAGGCUGAUGGGUCUUGAAUCUAUGCCAGCACUACGAGAUAAACCCAGGAAAGCUUCAUUAUUAUCCGAUAAUCAUGAUGCUAGAGAAGAGAGGUUAAUGAAUAGUCAGAGCAUGUUUCAUAGGGAAGAAGAUUUGAGUUUGGAAAUUGGAAAUGGCAAGCUUGAAUCCAGGCCUCAAAAGAUUCAGAAGACAGGGAUGUCUGAUAGACGGGUAGCGGUGAGGUUUGGGACCGAUGCAUUGCAGAUUAAGAGUGUUUUGUCUCGGACAAGAAAGCAUCAUCAUCAUCCAAAACUAGCUUCACCAUUAAAGAGUCCUAGGAUUUCCUCUGCAAGGAUGAAUAGGACCUCUAGGUUGAUUGAUGCGGCCACUAAGAUUUUGGAACCAGGGUUGCAAGCCACAAAUCGUGCAAAAUCUGCUCUUCCUUAUGCAAGUUCUAUGCAAAUUUUGUCUAAGAAAGAGCUUAUGUCAGAAGGGGCAGGAGUUAUGUCACCUGAUGAAGUAAAACAAUCUGGUUAUAAUGUGACUGCCAGCAAGUCUUUGUUAGCCCAGACUCCUUGCAAAAACUGUGGUAAUUUGGUCGAUGUUGUGGAUUCAGUGCCAGAUGAAGAGGACCUACCUUUCGGGUAUCCAUCUUCUGUCCCAGAUUCAAUUACUGCCUCACCUAAGGAACAGGUAAAAAAUAAGCUGAAGCAUUUCAUGUCGUCCCUUGAUCACGAAAGAAAUGUAACUUCUCAGAGAAGCUGGGACCAAUCUGAAUCUUUUGCGAUUCAAGAAGAUGACAAUAUGCACUCAAGCAAUGGAGCUGCUCCAGAAAGGAAGUUUGUAUCUCGAGAAGCUCCAGCACCAUCAAAUUCAACAAGCCAGCAUGUUAGACAUCACAAAGAUGAACCAUCAACUUCGAGUUUCAAAGGUAGGACUCAAGCUCAUGAUCAGAUGUCAUUAAGUAGGGAUAGAACCACCAGUAAGGCCAAAUUCAGCCAUUUCGAAAGCAAGAGAGCCCCAUCAACUGUCUGUACUAUUGGGGCCAAAGAUUUUGUUGCCUUGAAUCGAAGCUUAAGUGGCCGAACCCGCCCAAGGGUGCCUAAAGUGGAUAAUUCUAAUUUUGACAUGGAGAGAAAAUCUUGUAACAGGCAAGAAGAUUCCUUAGCACCAUCCAGGUCUCCAGUGCGAAAGAGAAGGACAAGCAUAAACAGCCAAGUUGAUAGCAGUGGUUAUCUCAGUCCACUGUCAGGGAAACAAAGAACUGCAAAGGGUGAAGUAGGUGUUGGAAAAGAAAUGAGCAUUAGUGCCCGCUCAAUGGAGCGAGCUUGUAGCAAAAGCAAAAUAUCUAGCCAGGGUGAAGGGAGUAGAGUUAAUGGCAAUGUUUUUUCAUUCACAUUUAAUUCCCCGCUGAGGGAGACGACUGGAAUUUGCACAGACUUGAAGGAUAGAAGGAAGAAUCAGAACCAUUUCGUCUCCAGAAAUAUUCCUGAUCAAAGAAAGUUAAUGUCGAAUGAGAAAGAUGGGAAGGCUUCUCUUUGGAAACAAUUGCCAUUGAAAGGAGAUGCUUUGGGUGCUCUUCUGGAGCAGAAACUGGAGGAGUUAACUUCUCAAGAAGCAGAUGAGAUGACAACAGAAGGUACUCUGCCAAAGAGAUCAACAGCUAUGAUUCUCCAAGAGCUAAUAUCUGCAUUAACUGCUGAGCAGUCUGUUUUUCAGGAUGGUCGUGUGUCUGAUAGAGAUAUGGCUCGUCAGACCAAAGGAAAGACUGAAGGGAGUUCAACAGCGUUCGUGAAUGACAGUGAUCAUCUCAGCCCCGGUUCAGUUCUUGAAGCUUCAUUCUCAAAUGAUAGCUGCUUUUCCAGCAGUCUUGAGGAUAGCUCAGGGCAGAGGCUGCAUCUUGACUCCGGGAAUAGCUCCUACUAUCAGCCACAGCUAAGAGAACCUGAUACAGAUCUUCUGGAUUCUGCAUCCUCAUUGAAUACAGGGCAGGCUUGCUACGAGAUUGUUUAUCUUGUCAACCAAAUUUCAAGCAUCUUCAGCAGGAUUAAUCUUGCAGAUCUUGGAAUAUCUGGAAUGAAGCAUACGCAUGCGAAGGAGGUUAUAUUGAAUGCCGAACUGUUGUUUGGAAAAGUGACUCCACGAAGUUCACAUGGAACGAGGUUUUUCCUCAUUGGUCCCUUUCUCCUCGAUGAACUUGAAAUUCUUGCUGGUGCCAUUUGGACAGAUUUCAACUGUCUCCCUGGUUUCGAAGAGACUAACCAAAGUAAUCAACUUAGGGGAUUUCUUUUCGACAGUACAAUAGAAUAUUUAGAUUCCCAAUAUGGUAGAUACUGUAACUUGGGGUUCGAAGCAUGGAGAAAAUUGCAAUUAUGCAUGAACACCGAGAUGCUAAUACGGGAGGUUGGAGCCGAGGUUAGUAGGUGGAGAAAGUUGGCUGGAAUGGCACCCGAUGAAUUAAUAGAGUGGGAGAUGAGUCAUUUCUUGGGAAAGUGGACAGAUUUUGAGAUUGAAGCAUUCGAAGCCGGUGCCCACAUUGGCACGGACAUACUUCAAAUUUUGGUUGAGGAAGUUGUGAUAGAUCUCUGGGAAUGCAAGCAGGAUUCCCUCUGAAUUUUGGGGAGGCCUUUGUUUUGUUUAUCCUAUCAUAGCCAUAUAUGAUGUCCAAGCAAGUUGUAUCUUUGUACAAAUUGGUGGAUGGUAUCUGAAUGAUUCACUAACAAGUCUGAAUGUUCAUUAUAUGGCUAACAACAUUGUAAAGUUUAAAUUUUUCUUAAAUUUUAGGUUUCACCUGAUCA